AUGUCACCAGAUGCUUCCGAUGAAGUAUUGCCUCCUAAUCAUCAAGAAUUUCCAGAUGGUUCCCUUUUGCGUGUCGUUUUCCAUAAUUUUCUAACAUACGAGCAUACGUGUUUCGUUCCAACUGCUAGCUUAAACAUGAUCUUAGGUCAUAAUGGAAGUGGAAAGAGUUCAAUCAUUUGUGGAAUUUGUUUAGCAUGCGGAGGAAGUCCGAAAUCUCUAGGUCGUUCAGAAAAGAUCAUUGAAUACAUCAGGCAUGGUUGUCAAGAAGGAUAUGUUGAAGUUACGAUUGCUGACGAGAAGAAAGGACCUCAAACAGUGAGAUUGACGAUCAGAAUCGGUAAAGCACCUGAGUAUAAACUUAACGGUGCACAAGCUACACAAAGUGAUGUUAAUGAACUUCGAAAAUAUUACAAUAUUCAGAUCGACAAUCCAUGUGCUUUCCUCGCUCAAGACAAAGUGAAAAGCUUCUCAGAACAAUCGUCUAUCGAAUUAUUGAAGAACACAGAGAAAGCAGCAUCAGACGAUCUUGACAAAAAGCAUAGAGAUCUCGUUGAACAACGAAAGGAUACGAUGACGAUCGAAGAAAUGUGUUCAACGACUGAAAAGACGGUGAAACAUUUAGAAGAUUCCCGAACUAAGAUCCUGCCUCUUGUUGAAAACUAUCGGAAGAAGCUAGCACUCCAAACCAAACUAAGAAUUCUUCAAAAGAAAAUGGCAUGUGUUAAAUACGAACAGGCUGACAAGGAAUACCAAGCUGAGCUUAAAAGAGCUGAUGAAGCGCUGGUUGAAUAUAGGAGAGUUGAAAAUGAUAUUAGGAAAAGUGAGGAAGUAAUGAAAAAGCUGAACGAUCGACUACAAAAAGAGAGGGCUCAAAUGGCAGAACUGACCCGUGCUGCCAAUGGGAAUUUAGUCGAAAUCCAAGAUAAAUUCAACAAAAACCUUAUCGGAAAUAUGAUGGAGAAAGCAAAAAUGAAGCUGGAAAAUGCUGAACGUAUUGCAGAUGAACACAAUCAGGAAGUGGAAAAAACUCGCAAAAAUAUUGAAACUGUGACUGAAAAGUUAGAAGAAGCCAAUGAAGCUCUCGUUGGAUACGAUGAUGCUCUCGUCGAAUACAGACGUGCAGAAGCAAAAUUAUCGCAAUUGGAACGUGAGAAUCGUAGAGAAGAGGACGCUAUUCAUGCUAAAUCAUAUGAGUUGAGACGUCUUGAAGAUAAGAGUCGAGAAAAGGACAACGAGACUUCCAACUUCAUGAAACAACGCUAUCGCGUUCUGCAAGAGGCGAAUGAAGAUCUUGCCAAAGCAUGGACCUGGUGCAGGAAAAACAGACAACAAUUAAAAGGAGAAGUAUAUACACCACUGAUUGAUAUUGUUCUGAAUACUCCAGAGAGUGCAAAAAAUCUUGAAAACACUAUUGGUAUGCGUGAUAGACACAUUCUCGUUUGUCAGUUCAAAGAAGACGAACUCCUCGUCAACGGAAAACAUCAACCAUGGAGUAUUAACACUGCUGUCGUAUCUCAAAAUAAUAUUCAUCGCGAUGAAAUACACGCGACACUUUCUUCGGAGCUUCACCAGGCUGGAUUCAAAGACUUAGUUUCGAAUUGUUUUGAUGCACCCGAUACUCUGAAACAAUACUUAUGCAAUGUCAGUGGAUUGAACAGAAUUCCUUACGGAACAAUCGACGAAAGUAAACUGGAAUCUAUUACCGAACGUCUUGAACGCCUGCGAUUCAGCGUUUUUCUUGCUAAUGGAAUGAGAUUUCAAGCUACAAGAUCUAGGUAUAAUCAACAGAAAAAUAUUAGCACACAAACCUCAUUGCGAGAUGCUAGAACAUGGAAGGACCCAGUUUACCGCCAACCUCUCACACUAAAAAAGGCUGACAAUACCGCGGCUCAGGAGUACCAAAAAUUGAAACAGGAAUUCGAUAACCAAACAGAAGAUCUACGGGAGAAACGUCGCAACGUUCAAAAAGAACGAGAUGUUCUCAAGAAAACACAAUUAGAAUGGAAAUCAAAACAAGAGUUGCAAGCGAAGUACAGAGCUACAUUGAACACUGAAAAAAGGAGAUUGGAAAUCAUUCAGAAAGAAAGCUUUGAUCUUUCGAAAGCUCAAGAAGAAUACGCUAAUGUUGAACAAACAGUCAUGGAGAAGGCUCGAGCAAUGUUGGAGAAAAAUCUUCAUAAUCAGAAAGAAUACAUCGAAAAAUAUCGUGAAUUGGGUCGGUGCGCCGUCUUCGAAUCUAUUUGCAAGUUGAAAGUGACUAAGCUGUACGCUAAAUCAAACGAAUCUCGUGAGGAACUCAAUAACUUAGAAGAUGCGAGACGUUUAGCAGAAGAUGAGAUGAACGCAGCAAUGAACAAAAGAAAAGUUGCGCAAGAAAGCUUGAAAACCCAUUGUGAAUUGGAUCACUUGAACGAGGCUAAGAUGGAACCAGCGGAUAAAAAAUUGUAUUCCAAGAUGAUUGAGUUGUUCGAAGAAUCGAAUGUUCCUACACAAGUUGACGAUCUGGAGCAGGCAAUUACCUCAGAAAAAACCCGUCUGAAAGUUGCUCAAGAUAGUGGUGAAGAUGGAUCUAUAGAGCAUGAACAUAAGUUAUCAGAAAUCAACUCGGAGCUAGCAAAUGCGACUUCCAAAUACGAAAAAUUAAUCCAAAAUCGGCAAGGUGUUCACGAUAAACUGGGAACUGAAAUCAAAGAGUGGAAAGAAGAAGUCGAAAAAAUGAUUGAGCGUAUCAACGAGAACUAUAUCAAGUUUUUCGAUGUACUCGGUUGUCGAGGUGAAGUAAGCUUGGAGACACCAGAGAAUCCACUGGAUAUUGAAAAAUAUGGCAUCAUGAUUAUGGUUUGCUUUAGAAAAGGUGAAAACAUGAAGCGGCUUGACAAUAAGGUUCAAUCUGGUGGUGAGCGCAGUGUGGCAACUAUGCUGUAUCUACUUGCUCUUCAACAACUUUGUCCAGUUCCAUUCCGAUGCAUUGACGAAAUUAAUCAAGGUAUGGAUCCGACCAACGAGAGAAAAGUGUUCGAUAUCAUGGUUGGAUUGUGGAACGGAACAAGUGGAUCACUCACCAAAACGCAAUACUUCUUGCUCUCUCCAAAACUGCUCCACGGACUGGAUAUGCGAGAUAAUGUGAACGUCGUUAUGGUCAACAGCACACUCAACACGUCUCAUGGACAGCUUUAUAACAGCAUUUCAAAGAUUCGGAAAACGUUCACGCAUCUCAGAAUUGCCGAAUAG